AUGACUUUCCAUGUGGAAGGCCUGAUAGCUAUCAUCGUAUUCUACCUUCUAAUAUUACUGGUUGGAAUAUGGGCUGCCUGGAGAACCAAAAACAGCGGCAGCUCAGAAGAGCGCAGCGAGGCCAUCAUAGUUGGUGGCCGAGACAUUGGUCUGCUGGUGGGUGCAUUUACCAUGACAGCCACCUGGGUCGGAGGAGGUUACAUCAAUGGGACAGCCGAAGCAGUGUAUGUACCAGAUUAUGGUCUAGCUUGGGCUCAAGCACCAAUUGGAUAUUCUCUUAGUCUGAUUUUAGGUGGUUUGUUCUUUGCAAAGCCUAUGCGUUCCAAGGGAUAUGUGACCAUGUUAGACCCGUUUCAACAGAUCUAUGGAAAACGCAUGGGUGGGCUCCUAUUUAUUCCCGCUCUAAUGGGAGAAAUGUUUUGGGCUGCAGCCAUUUUCUCUGCCUUAGGAGCCACCAUCAGUGUGAUCAUUAGCGCCAACGUGCAAGCUUCUGUCAUCGUCUCUGCAUUGAUUGCCACUCUGUAUACACUAGUGGGUGGUCUCUAUUCUGUGGCUUACACGGAUGUAGUUCAGCUUUUCUGCAUCUUCAUAGGCCUGUGGAUCAGCGUCCCUUUUGCCCUGUCACAUUCUGCAGUUACUGACAUUGGGUACACUGCUCUGCAUGCCAAGUACCAAAAGCCUUGGCUGGGGACCAUUGAAUCAUUUGAAGUCUACACUUGGCUUGAUAGUUUUCUGCUGUUGAUGCUGGGUGGAAUCCCAUGGCAAGCCUACUUCCAGAGGGUCCUCUCUUCAUCCUCAGCCACCUAUGCUCAAGUGUUGUCUUUCCUGGCAGCUUUUGGGUGCCUGAUCAUGGCUCUACCAGCCAUACUCAUUGGGGCCAUAGGAGCAUCAACAGACUGGAACCAGACUACAUACAGGCCUCCAGAUCCCAAGGGCAACAAGGAAGCAGACAUGAUUUUACCAAUUGUUCUGAAGUAUCUCUGCCCUGUGUACAUUUCUUUCUUUGGUCUUGGUGCAGUUUCUGCUGCUGUUAUGUCAUCAGCAGAUUCUUCAAUCUUGUCAGCUAGUUCCAUGUUUGCCCGGAACAUCUACCAGCUUUCAUUCAGACAAAAUGCAUCAGACAAGGAAAUCAUCUGGGUUAUGCGAAUCACAGUGUUUGUGUUUGGAGCUUCAGCCACAGCCAUGGCCUUACUAACGAAGAGCGUGUAUGGGCUCUGGUACCUCAGCUCAGACCUCGUUUACAUCAUCAUCUUCCCACAGCUGCUCUGUGUGCUCUUCGUCAAGGGAACCAACACAUAUGGGGCCGUGGCAGGUUAUGUGUCUGGCCUUUUCUUGAGAAUAACCGGAGGGGAGCCGUAUCUGUACCUACAGCCCUUGAUCUUUUACCCUGGUUAUUACUCUGAUAAGAAUGGCAUUUAUAAUCAGAGAUUCCCAUUUAAAACCCUUGCCAUGGUUACCUCGUUCUUAUCCAACAUUUGCAUCUCCUAUCUAGCCAAAUACCUAUUUGAAAGUGGAAAGUUGCCACCCAAAUUAGAUGUAUUUGAUGCUGUUGUCGCAAGGCACAGUGAAGAAAACAUGGAUAAGACAGUUCUGGUCAAAAAUGAAAAUAUUAAAUUGGAUGAACUUGCACCUGUGAAGCCCCGACAGAGCCUAACUCUCAGCUCAACUUUUACCAAUAAGGAGGCCUUUGUCAACGUCGACUCCAGCCCAGAAGGAUCGGGGACUGAAGAUAACUUGUAA